CGUUUCUUCAAAUCCCAUUCAAUUUCAGUAAAAACAGAGAUAUUCGCAUUCAAAAUUUGUGAACAAGAAGAUCAAACAUUUAGUUCGUUAUUUGCACCUGAAUCAUUACCUUCAAAAUAUUGCUUAUAUUUUGCGGUAAUAAAGACCAUGCUAAGGACAACAUCAGUAGCUUCAGAACAAACUUCGUGUUGGAUAAGGAUUCCUCCUUCAUGGCUGCCACAUCGGAAUCACUCUAAUUCGCGCAUAACCUUUAGUAACCAUCAUCAUCAUCAUAAGUCCCUAGUGGUGAAGUGUUGCAAUAUGACGGUGACACCUAAGAUAUUGAUUAACGAUGGGAAUCUGGUGGUUCAUGGGAAGACUAUACUGAGUGAAGUUCCAGACAACAUUGUAGUAACUCCAGGAAAUGGAAAGGGAAUUGUCACUGGUGCUUUUGUUGGUGCUACUGCUUCCAACACCAAAAGUCUCCAUGUGUUUCCCAUUGGUGUCUUACAGGAUCUCCGAUACUUGUGUUGUUUCCGGUUCAAGUUAUGGUGGAUGACUCAUAGAGUUGGAACUUAUGGGAGGGAUGUUCCAUUGGAGACCCAAUUCAUGCUUAUAGAGAUUAAAGAUAGUAAAAAUCAACAGGAAAAUUCUCCAGUUAUCUACACUGUCUUGCUUCCUCUCUUGGAAGGCCAGUUCCGCGCUGUCCUACAAGGAAAUGACAAAAAUGAGAUAGAGAUUUGUCUUGAGAGUGGAGAUCCUGCUGUUAAGACCAAUCAAGGCCUUCACAUGGUCUACAUGCAUGCUGGAACCAACCCGUUCGAAGUCAUCAACCAAGCUGUUAAGGCUGUUGAAAAACAUAUGCAAACUUUCCUUCAUCGUGAGAAGAAAAGAUUGCCGUCUUUUCUUGACUGGUUUGGCUGGUGCACAUGGGAUGCUUUCUAUACUGAUGUCACAGCUGUAGGUAUUGAAGAAGGCUUAAAAAGCCUAUCAGAGGGAGGUGCAUCUCCGCGGUUCCUCAUCGUCGAUGAUGGUUGGCAACAGAUUGAGAGUAAACCAAAAGAUGCAGAUUCUGUUGUACAAGAAGGAGCCCAGUUUGCUACUAGGUUGACUGGUAUUAAAGAGAACACUAAAUUUCAAAAGAAUGGAGAGAGUAAUGGCCUCAAGCAUGUUGUGAAUCAAACAAAGCAAAAUUACAAUGUGAAGUAUUUUUAUGUUUGGCAUGCUCUAGCUGGUUAUUGGGGUGGAGUGAAGCCAGCAGCAAUUGGAAUGGAACAUUUUGACACUUCCUUGGCUUAUCCAAAACACUCUCCAGGGGUCCUAGGAAAUCAACCAGACGUCGUCAUGGACAGCUUGUCUGUCCACGGCUUAGGCCUAGUUCAUCCAAAGAAGGUCUUCGAUUUCUACAACGAGCUCCAUGCUUACUUAGCUUCUUGCGGAGUAGAUGGAGUAAAGGUUGAUGUGCAAAACAUUAUUGAGACCCUUGGUUCAGGACAUGGAGGCAGAGUCUCGAUCACACGCAGCUAUCAUCAAUCACUCGAAGCCUCCAUUGCUCGAAAUUUUCCCGACAACGGAUGCAUUGCCUGCAUGUGUCACAAUACUGAUGGCCUAUAUAGUUCAAAGCAGACUUCUGUUGUGAGAGCCUCUGAUGACUUUUACCCACACGAUCCUGCUUCUCACACCAUUCAUGUUUCAUCUGUUGCAUAUAAUGCACUUUUCCUUGGAGAAUUCAUGCAACCUGAUUGGGACAUGUUUCAUAGUUUACAUCCGGCGGCCGAGUAUCAUGCUGCAGCUCGUGCAAUCAGUGGAGGUCCAAUUUACGUUAGUGACAAACCAGGAAGACACAAUUUUGAUCUUCUAAAGAAGCUUGUUCUUCCUGAUGGCUCAGUUCUCCGAGCUAAGUUACCUGCCCGGCCCACCGCUGACUCUCUAUUUGUUGAUCCAGCAAGAGAUGGAACUAGCUUGCUCAAGAUAUGGAAUUUGAACAAAUGUUGUGGAGUGGUUGGUGUAUUUAACUGUCAAGGUGCAGGGUGGUGCAAGAUAGAGAAGAAAAACCGCGUUCAUUGCGAAACACCCGGGACACUUAGUGGCUCUGUUUGUACCUCUGAUGUUGACCUAAUUGCUCAAGUAGCUGGUGCUGAUUGGAAUGGGGAUGCUAUUGUCUAUGCUUACAGAUCAGGCGACGUAAUUCGACUACCAAAAGGUGCUUCAGUUCCAGUGACACUAAAAGUUCUAGAGUAUGAACUUCUCCAUUUCUAUCCAAUCAAGGAAAUCGCACAAGGUAUUUUCUUUGCACCAAUAGGACUAUUAGAUAUGUUUAACACUGGUGGAGCUGUAGACAAGUUUGAAAUCCAUAAAGCAUGUGAAAUGGAUGAUGGAGGGUUCAGCUCUGCCAGUUUUGAAAAAGAAGCAACAGCGUCUGUUAGCCUUAAAGUAACAGGAGGUGGUAGAUUUGGGAUUUACUCAUCCAAGAAGCCACUUAAAUGUGUGGUGUGUGACAAUGAAACUGACUUCAACUAUGACUCAGAGAAUGGGUUGACAACUAUCUUCAUCCCAGUUCCAGUAGAGGACAUGUAUAGAUGGCCAAUAGAGAUUCAGUUUUCAGUUGUCAAAUCUUAUUAGUUAGUAUUAUGGGAUUGUUAGGUUACAGGUCUAGCAGUAUGAAUUAGAACUUAGAUGGUUUUAGGGGGUAGGUUAUUCCUAGGAUUGUAAAUAAUGCUUGUUUCUUUUGAAUAAUGUAAUCAUGUUUUUAGAUUUUAAUUGGAGUUUAUUUUUUUUCUUGAA